AUGCUCCAUUCGCUCAGACAAGCUCGUCGUUCGCUCAAAAAUGUUAUCGCUGGGAACACGUUGGUUAUCAAAAAAACCUUGUUUGUCACUAGCAAUGACAGAAGAGACAUUAGGGAUGAAGACGUCAUGGAGAUCUCAGACGCCACGUGGCAAUCUUGGAAUGUAAACGGGAUUGUUUCGAUUGUCAUGAAUAGAUUGAAUGAUCACGCUCAACCGACCCAUAAACUCAAAGCCGCGUACCUUCUUCACUACCUUCUGAUUCAUGGAAGCCAAAAGAUAUUUAAAAAGUUCUCGAGGCAUAUUGAGAGACUCCAGCUUCUCAGCGAAUACCCAUUUGGACAUAAAAAUCAUACCAAUCUCGUGCAAGACAUGAUCAUAAAAGACACUCUUCGAAAUGUUCUCAGACUCCUUACGGAUCCAGAAUUCCUUGAGAAGCAGCAGAGAGACAGAAAUGAGACAUAUCCGGAACGCAUCAGAAGAGAAUCGAGGAAGAAGUUCGAAAACUAUGCUCGUCAAAUAGCUGCCGAGCAUCUCGCCCUUGACCAAGUCGCCUAUGUCAACAUCAACUUCGAAUCGGAAAACGAGUUGGAGGAUAACUUGAUCGACUUCAGCGAUAAAGUUGAGAAAUUUGACGAUGAAUCGGUGUCGCGUAAUUCUUUUGAAAUCUCCAUCGGAGAAACCAGCGACGAGUUCCCCCUCUGGAAGGAGAGCUUACUUAUCUGA